AUGAAACGCCGCAAGGGAAGUGAUGGUGACACGAGUGACGAUCGGCUGGAUGCAACGAAUUCGCCGAAUGCGCCAAAUGCACGCCUCAGUCUAAUCAAGGAUAAGUCAUGGAGCAGCGAAAGCAUGUUUAAUAGCAUCCUCUACAGCAACUUAUCUACAGAACAAAUAAAAAUAGUGCAGGUUCCCCUGAAUAGGAAUUUAUGCAUUAUUGCCUGUCCAGGGUCAGGCAAAACGUCUACGCUGACGGCACGCAUUAUCAGGAGCAUCAUCGAAAAGAAGAAAUCUGUUGUGUGUAUAACGUUCACGAAUUAUGCAGCCAACGAUUUGAAGGAAAAAAUUACAAAAAAGGUGAACUGCUUGAUAGACCUAUUUUUAGACGCAGAUGUAAGGUGCAAACUCUUCACCGACGAAACGUCUAGGAAGAAGUGUGACACGAGUAGCAACAUCCACAGUAGGACUAAGCUGAAGGUUCUACACACAGUCAUGUUUAUAGGAACGAUUCACUCCUUCUGUAGGUAUCUCCUGUUCAAGUAUAAGGGGCCCUUUAAAAUAUUAACCGAUUUUAUCAGUUCAAAUGUUAUUAAAUUAGCCUUUAGUAAUUUUUACGCGUCUUUCCUGAAGGGGAAAUCCACACAGGGUGUUGGAGGGAAUUGUUUUGGGUCAGGCAAAGACACAGGGGAUGACCAGAAAGGGUCAUUCGAUUUGUUGAACUUUCUAAACACCUUGAAGGAAGGGUUCAGUAAGAGGGACGCGCAGGAGAUCGAGGACGAGGCGGAAAACGAAGAAGGUGACGAUGACAACGGUGAGGAGGACGAUCGUGACGAUGAGGAUGGGGACCACUUUUACAACUACCUGUACCACGUCAACCACGCGAACGGGCAGAAGGACCGCUUCGAGCAUGCAGACAUACCAAGUAUACUGAAAAAAAAACACAUAUUAUUUUUGAAAAAAAAAAUAAAACUUUUCAAAUACGUGGAACUGUACAGCCUGAAGGUGGAGAUGAACCCUGUGGAGGAAAAAUUCUACGAGGAGUACAAAAGGAUCCUGCAAAGUGCCAAACAUAUCUACUACGACUUCGAUGAUUUGCUUAUCGAGACGUACAGACUGAUGAAGGGGGAUCUGCAUAUUCGGGAUAGGAUACUGGCCGAAUGGAACUACAUGUUUUGUGACGAGUUCCAGGAUAUCAACACAACGCAGUUUAACAUUCUGCAGUUUUUUGCGAAUGCAAAUUGUGACGGAUACUCGACGGGGAUCGGGUCAUCACACAGGGAAAACCAUCCCAACGGGGAAAAGCAUUCCAGUGGUUCUUACGAACCAGAUAGGGGCCUCACCGUCAUCGGGGACGACGACCAAUCCAUUUACUCCUUCAGGGGUGCCCACAUUAACGUGUUCGACAGAAUCAUAAAAGAACACAACUGCCUGCUGUUCAAACUGGGUACAAAUUUUAGAAGCACCAAAGAAAUCGUACGAGUUUCCUGCAACCUCAUCCUGCAUAAUGCCAGUUGUAGAAUAGAAAAGCAGCUACAGACGAAUAAUGUGCAGGGAGAGAAGGUGAACUUUCAUGCGUUCAGAACGAACAAUGACCAGGUGUCCUUUAUCCUAUGCCAAAUAAUUUUUUUAAAAAAAAAGUACAGCUACAAGUUUGGCGAUUUUGUCAUUCUGUCCAGGACGAACAGGACGCUGAAGGAGACCCUCAAGUGCAUGCACAGCGUGGAUGUGAGGAGGAGGGCCGUCAAAUUCUUUCACGAAAUGAGCAAGGUUGAGAUGCAUGCGGCAGGAUGUGUUUCACCCGGGGGAGACCACCCUUGGACGGACGUAACCCCAGACACGUUCAAAAUACCAAUCAAAGAGCUGAACAAGAAGAAGUCCUUCUUCGGGUCGAAGGAAAUCGUAGAACUGAUAACCGUUCUCAGAUUCCUCCUCAACGUGGACGACGACAUCAUAUUGAAGAAGGCCUUUAAAAUUAUAAAAAAUGACAAGGCGGUUAGGGGCAUAUUGGAAAAGCUGGAAAGCAGCAACGUUGGCCGUAGAGCGGAAGAUGCAGAAGUAUCGUCAACCGACACGGGGGGGACAGACCCAUAUGAGGAAAGCAGCCCCUCCCUUUUUAACCGUAUCGAGAGGAUCAGCCACUGGUACAUCCUCUGGAAGAGGAAUCAAUUGGACGGAAACGAGAUCCACCAGUUAGACAUAUUCACAGAAGAGGAAAUAAAAAAAAUUUUAGACUUUUUUUUUUGCGUAAAUUAUUUUUUAAAAUUCGCAUCAAAGGCUAACUCUGUGUAUAGCCUGGUGAUGGAAAUGCUGAACAAAACGGGUUUCGUGAACAGGACUCUCAGAAGGAUAAGACGAAGACGGGGCGGCCAGAUGGAACAACCGAACCAACCGGACCAACCGGAUCAGCAGUAUGAACGGAGGAAGCGCUCCUUCGACGAGUGCACGGGUGAGAGGGAUGCGGGCCACGCCGACCUCGUGAACGAACUAAAGAUCAAGCAGGACCUCCGCACGUACUUCGGACUGAGCGAGGAAGACCUUGCCGAACAGGAAAUGCAGAACAUAUUUGUCCUCUUAGAAAUGACAAUGGAAUACAAGCCGAAUGAGAUAAAUGAGAAAUGUUCAGACUGUCUGAUUUCCUUUCUAAACGAUUUUAAAAAUGACAUACACGACAGGAUGUUGGUAGAGAAGGUAACCCUGACGACGAUACACAAGUCGAAGGGGUUGGAGUGGAAGGUGGUCUUCAUUGUAAACGCUAUGGAAGGGGAAAUUCCCCAGACGGCGGAAAAUAAUAGGGACAUAAUUGAGGAGAGGAAAAUCUUUUAUGUAGGCAUUACUAGGGCCAAGUUUUUCCUGUACCUGCUCUGCUUCCUGCAGAACAAUCACACGGCAGAGAGGAACACCGUUUCGCGCUUCGUCAGUCAGAUGGCCAUUUAA